UUGUGCAGUUAGUCUUCGGAAAGAGCUUGUUGGCGUCGGUCGUUUCAACUGGAAACAUAUAUAUCUGCAAACGAAAUAGAAAAAAAACCGUCGAAAAAUUUUUUGUGAAAAGGUGUAUCAUCCGGAUUAUUCUGAUUUAUAUCAAUAAAAAGAAUGGUUUGUUAGUGCGUUACGUUCGAAGAAAUCAGACCGAAGGGAGUGAAUCUAUCGUAAAUAGACACCGGAGAGUAGCGAGCAUCCGCAGUGUGGUCUUCGAUUGGAAUAAACUUGUAACACAAGAAAAAACCUAUGGAUAAAACAAAUGAAUGAAAAUCGAUUAGUAUUUUGAUUGAACUUAAAGAGUUUAAGAGUCAAAUAGUUUUAGAAUAGGUUCCCUCGCAAUAGAGUUAAAUCAUUGACUUAUGAGACUAGCUUUUGGAUUGAUUAAUUCCAAUUGCUGUUAGAACCUGUGCUUGCUCUUCGUUUUUCUCCGUCUGUGUAAUCAAAAUUGCUUUUAAUACUAAAUGUUUGAGUGAGAAAGAUAAAUUCGUCUCGAAUGUGUGAUUGUUGAGUGAAAAUUGGGCAUAUGGGCAAGAAAGCGAAAAAUUGGUGAAUCCUACGCUGAGAUAGCGGUGCGGUGCUUCGGAUUGUGCAAGAGACGGAAGUUGCCCGGUGAAGUGCGGUGGAGUAAACAAAAAGAGGCAUCCAAAUAACAUCGAGGGGCACCAGCCAGUAGCAGCAUAAAUACGAGAAGAGAGAAAAAUAAAGGCGUGUAUCGUUGGAGUGAAAAGCCAGAGUGUUAUAAAGUUAGAAUUCAGAAAGCGGCACUUCCUGUUUCUGUCGCUUUUUUGGCGUUUGAUUUUUGCACAAAAAGCAAGUGAAGUGAUUCGAAAGUCAAUUUGCGCGAAAUCAAGAAUGAUUGAUAAAAUUUUGAUUGUUUGAGAAAAAUCAAUACUUACUAAGGUCGAAGGUCGAAACCGUGGGAAGCUGAAACCGACCGCGAGAGCACAGUGAGAAGUUAUUUCUUGACUCGAAAGCGGAAAGCUCAUGCUGGAGACGGAAAAGAUGGCCCUGGAAGAGACUCAGAACAGGCCGGUUGUUCCGCAGAAGGAAGGUCCCCAGACUCAGCAGAUUCAGCCUUCCUCGUCGAGCGAAAAGCUGAACGCGAUGGCCAAUGGGACGGAGAAAACGCGCAACAAUAACAAACAGAAUGACACAAAUACAGCGUUCCUUAGAGCGGCCAGAGCAGGUGACCUACAAAAGCUGGUAGAGUACCUUGAAACGGAACAGGUCACAGACAUAAACACAUGUAAUGCGAACGGCCUGAACGCGCUACAUCUGGCCGCCAAGGAUGGCCACUACGAGAUCGUGCAGGAGCUGCUCAAGCGGGACGCCAACGUGGACAACGCAACGAAGAAGGGCAACACGGCGCUGCACAUAGCGUCGCUGGCCGGCCAGAAGGAAAUUAUCCAGCUGCUGCUUCAGUACAAUGCCUCGGUCAACGUGCAAUCGCAGAACGGUUUCACGCCGCUCUAUAUGGCCGCCCAGGAGAACCACGACGAAUGCGUCAAUUUGCUGCUGGCGAAAGGAGCGAAUCCGGCCCUGGCUACGGAGGACGGAUUCACACCUCUGGCCGUAGCAAUGCAGCAAGGUCACGACAGAGUUGUGGCGGUUUUGCUUGAAAGUGAUACCCGGGGCAAGGUGCGAUUGCCGGCGUUGCACAUAGCGGCCAAGAAGGAUGACGUCAAGGCGGCGGCACUUUUGCUUGAGAACGAGCACAAUCCGGACGUAUCAUCCAAGAGUGGUUUCACCCCGCUGCAUAUAGCUGCCCACUAUGGGAAUGUCAAUGUCGCCCAGCUGCUGAUUGAGAAAGGUGCCGACGUAAACUUCACUGCCAAACACAACAUCACACCGCUCCACGUUGCCUGCAAGUGGGGCAAGCUGAAUAUGGUAUCGUUGUUAAUCAAAAACAAGGCGCGAAUCGACAGCGUCACCCGGGAUGGUCUGACACCGUUACACUGCGCGGCACGUUCCGGCCACGACCAGGUCAUCGAGCUUCUGCUGGAGAACGAAGCCGAUAUCAUUGCGAAGACGAAGAACGGUCUUGCGCCGCUCCACAUGGCAGCCCAAGGGGAGCACGUGAGCGCGGCCCGAAUCCUCCUGGUUAACAAAUCCCCCGUGGACGACAUCACUAUUGAUUAUCUAACGGCGCUACACGUGGCCGCUCACUGUGGUCACGUAAAGGUUGCUAAGCUCCUGCUGGACCGUAAUGCAGAUCCGAAUGCUAGAGCACUGAACGGGUUCACCCCGCUGCAUAUCGCUUGUAAGAAGAAUCGCAUCAAGGUGGUCGAAUUGCUGCUCAAGCACGGUGCUACAAUCAGUGCUACUACGGAAAGUGGGCUUACGCCACUGCACGUGGCCAGCUUUAUGGGAUGCAUGAAUAUUGUGAUUUAUCUGCUGCAACACGACGCUAGUCCUGAUAUACCGACGGUGCGCGGAGAGACUCCGCUUCAUCUGGCUGCUCGCGCAAAGCAAAGUGACAUCAUUAGGAUUCUCCUCCGAAAUGGGGCCUAUGUUAAUGCACAGGCACGUGAAGAUCAAACGCCGUUGCAUGUUGCUUCCAGGAUUGGUAACGUUGACAUCGUCAUGCUUCUGCUGCAACACGGUGCUAAAAUCGAUUCUGUUACAAAGGAUAAUUACACACCCCUCCACAUUGCUGCCAAGGAAGGACAGAACGAUGUAGCCGCCAUUCUGUUGGACAACAAGGCCAACAUGGAGGCGGUCACGAAGAAGGGCUUCACUCCGCUUCAUCUCGCAGCAAAGUACGGCAACCUCAAAUGCGCACAACUGUUGCUCGAUCGUGGCGCCCAAGUCGAUGUGCAGGGUAAAAAUGGCGUCACUCCACUACACGUUGCUAGUCACUACGAUCACCAGAAUGUGGCGCUUCUUUUGCUCGAGAAAGGAGCCUCACCCUAUUCGCCAGCCAAGAACGGACACACGCCACUCCACAUCGCUUCGAAGAAAAACCAGAUGGACAUUGCCAAUACGCUGCUCGAGUACAGAGCGAAUCCCAACGCGGAUAGCAAAACCGGUUUCACACCGCUUCAUCUGAGCGCACAAGAAGGGCAUCGCGACAUGUCCCAGCUGCUGCUGGAGAAUGGAGCUAACCCUAAUCAGGCUGCCAAAAAUGGGUUAACCCCGCUGCAUCUUUGUGCGCAGGAAGACCACUCCGACAUCGCUAAGACACUGCUCGAUCACAGCGCACAAAUCGAUCCGUCGACCAAGACCGGUUUCACGCCGCUUCACGUGGCUGCCCACUUCGGCCAGAUCAACAUGGUGAAAUUCCUGCUGGAGAACGACGCCAAUAUUGAGAUGAAGACCAACAUUGGUCAUACGCCGUUGCACCAGGCCGCCCAACAGGGUCACACCUUGAUCAUCAAUCUGCUGCUGAAGAACAAAGCCAAUCCGGAAGCGGUCACCAACAGUGGUCAGACGGCGCUUUCGAUUGCGGAUAAGUUGGGUUACAUAACGGUUGUAGAGACGCUGAAGAUCGUCACGGAAACGAGCGUUAUUCAGACGGUGGAUGAGAAGUUUAAGAUCGUUGCACCGGAGACGAUCCACGAGACGUUCAUGUCGGAUUCGGAAGAUGAGGGCGGAACAGACGAUGCCAAUCAACUGACAGACACGAUCGUUUUGAGCCAAACCCAGCAGUCGUGCAGCAGUAGUGGUGUUAUCAAGUACUAUCAGUCGCAGAUGCGUUACACACGCGAGGAUCCGAUCAUGUCCGACCACCAGCAGUACAACUACAUGACGAGCGACGAGAAUAAACAGUUCGACGAUACCAACAUCACCAACAUGAGCAUCGAUCCGAUGAAGGACGAGAAGUACCUCGAGAAGAUCAUCUCGAGCGCAGAGAAGUACACAUCGCUGCCACCCCGCGAAAGUACGCCCAACCCGCUAGACAUCACCGUUACCGACAAUGUCAACAUCACCCGGAAACCGAUCCAUGUCGGCCACAGUAGUAGUCUCACGCUGUCGUUCGGUCGGUUGGCGGAGUUUGUCCAACGGAAAAACUUUAUGCCCGUGUGUAGGGAAAGAUUUCUGGUUUCGUUCCUGGUGGAUGCGCGAGGCGGUGCAAUGCGCGGCUGCCGGCACAGCGGCGUUCGGGUGAUCGUUCCUCCACGGUCGGCGGCUCAACCGACACGAAUCACAUGCCGAUACGUGAAGCCACAGCGGUUGACCAAUGCACCCCCGCUGAUGGAAGGUGAAGCGCUAGUUAGCCGCAUCCUCGAGCUGGCUCCGGUCGGUGCCAAGUUCUUGGGACCAGUUAUUCUGGAGGUACCACACUUUGCGUCGCUGCGCGAGAAAGAACGUGAGAUCAUAAUUCUUCGCUCGGACAAUGGGGAAACCUGGCGAGAGCACACGCUGUACGACAGCGAGGAAGCAAUACACGAUGUGCUGAAUGACGCCUUCAAGGGUGAUACUCUGAACUUCCUGGAGGACCUGCACACCAACAGAAUCACCCGUAUUUUGACGAACGAUUUUCCGCACUACUUUGCGGUUGUUUCUCGAAUUCGACAGGAAGUGCACGCAAUCGGGCCGGAGGGUGGAACCGUUUCGGCAACGGCCGUUCCACUGGUGCAGGCAAUCUUCCCCCAGAAUGCACUCACCAAAAAGAUUCGCGUUGGCCUUCAGGCGCAGCCGGUCGAUAUGAAUCUGACGGCGAACCUGCUCGGACGAAGCGUUGCCGUGUCGCCGGUUGUUACGGUCGAACCCAGACGUCGUAAGUUCCACAAGGCAAUCACUCUGAGCAUGCCAGCGCCGAAGGCGUACAAUUCUGGCAUGAUUAAUCAAUAUUCGGGCAACGCACCGACGCUGCGUUUGCUGUGUUCGAUCACCGGAGGUCAAAACAAGGCAAUUUGGGAGGACGUUACGGGAUCAACUCCGUUAACAUUCGUCAACGAUUGCGUUUCCUUCACAACUACUGUCUCGGCUCGGUUUUGGUUAAUGGACUGCCGAAAUAUCAAUGAGGCCACCAAGAUGGCUACCGAUCUGUACUCGUACAUGUCCCAUGUACCGUUCAUGGUAAAGUUUGUCGUUUUUGCUAAGCGCGUUGAUCACAACGAGGCAAAGCUGAGCGUUUUCUGCAUGACCGAUGACAAGGAGGACAAAACGUUGGAACAGCAAGAGCACUUCACCGAAAUUGCUAAAUCUCGUGACAUCGAAGUUUGCGAAGGACGCAUUGUGUAUCUGGAAUUUGCCGGCAAUAUUGUUCCGGUCAUGAAGAGUGGUGAGCAGCUCUCGAUUCAGUUCAGCGCAUUCAAAGAGAACCGUCUUACGUUUACGGUGAAAAUUAAAAACAAUCUUGAUGAUUUGCUGGGACGCAUCUCGUUCAUGAAUGAGCCAAAAGUAGCCAAGGGUGAGCUGAGUCCUACUCCCUUGUGCACUCUGAACUUUACACUGCCUCCGGAACAAUACGGUCUCGGUGGGGACGAGAUGGAAACCGCAUCCGAGUUUGACCUGAGCUCGACCGAAAUACUAAACUUUGAUCAGCACUCGAUCGUGAACGCAGCCAACCGCAGCAAAACGUUGAACUUCACCUUCCAGAACGGGGAUGCCGUCAGUGAGAUUCACAAAGCGGAUAUCAAAAUCACGGAUAUCUGCAAUCUAUUGGGCUCGGAUUGGCCUCUGCUGGCAGAGGAACUGCAAAUUUCUCCAAGUGAUGUCGAUUUGAUCAAGGUUGAAUAUCCGAACGAUGAAGCGCAGCAGUCGAUUGUGAUGUUGCGGUUGUGGCUGCGCCAGGCCGGGAAGGAUGCCACCGGGAAUGUGUUGGAACAGGCGCUGAUCAAGAUAAACAGACGCGAUAUUGUGAGCAAAUCGAUUACCAAUCUGGAACUGGUGACCGAUGAGCAGGAGAAAAAACUGGCUAAGCAGCAGCUGGGCUCCACCAACGGAAUCGAUGAGGUGGAUCCGGUCAAAAUCAAUGGGGUAGAGUGCAAUAGGAUGGAUGGAUCGAUGGAAGAUUCAACCAACGAGCCUGCAGAGGAAAAACAGGAACACGAAACCGAUGAAAAGAGCAGCAAGGAACAGUCCUCAUCUACAUCGCCGGACAACACCGAAGCGAUCCUACAAAUUCGAAGGGAAAGUGCAAUCAUGGGUAUCGCCUCGGUGGUGAAGGAGAAUCUCGAAACUCCGCCUCCUAGUCCAGCGGAAAUCAGCGUCCAACUCAGCCACCAGAAUAGCAUUGACGAGAACAAACAAAAGGAAGCCUCAGCUCCCACAAUGACCGCCGUCGAAGAUGUGCAGGAGAUCAUACAGGCUGCCAUUGCUGAACAUGACACUACCUGGGAGGAGGACGAGCUCGAGGAGGAGGUUCAGGAGCCGAUAGUGACCCAGAAGAUCAUAAUCCAGAAGCCUUCGUUUGAGGAUGCCGCUGGUAGUGAGGAAGAGUACGCCGAGGAGGAUGGUGAAUCGGAGGACUUCGAACAGCUGGAUCUGGAAACGGACAAAAGCGGCAAGGUGAAGACGAUCAAGAAGCACUCGAAGGUUAAUAUCAAGUUUAACAAACAACUUGGACAAAGACCAACCGUAGAGGACAUCGAGUGGGAGGUCACACCGGCUGAAGCAUCUGCCGAUGUCGAAAGGAAAGUGGUUACCACGGAGAUUUCGUCUGUGAACUUGGAAGAUGUAUCCAACGAUCGAAGGUACAGUUUGGAUAAUAUCGAUAUCUCCUCCCCGACGACGCUCAGAGUGGACACUGGUCGCGCUUUUGAGAAAUCUUUCUCAACACCUGCCAGCGAUGAGCAGAAGGCGGAGCAAAUUGUGAUAAUUUCGUCAGACAAUAAUAUCUCCGAAGUAGCGGCUGAUUAUUCUGGAGAUAUCGACGAAUUCAUUUUCGUACAAACUUCCCCGGAAAACUUUGCCAAGAUGGAGAAAGAGCAGAACGCCACCGAUGAAGAUGACAACAGUAAUCUGGUGAUAAUAACCGAGGAGCAUUACGACUACGAGAUGGACGAUGAUCGGCAAUCAAGUAUGAUCGAUCAGUCUCCAGAGGAUGAGGAGUCUCCUCAGAAGUUUAUCAUCGGUGGAAGCAGCUCGGAAAGCGAUGAAGAUCGACUCGGAGAUCAACGAGGAGGUUUGCUGUUGAAUCAAACCGGCGGCUCUGCUUGUCCUACACCGUCCAUCAUAGUGUCGCAGCACGGUACAACCGGCGCGGCAAGCUAUUCAACCAGAACCGGCGGCUCCUCUAGCGGAUCGGAUGUAGCCCUGCACGAAACCGGCGGCGAGCUUAGUGAUGACGACGAAACAGGUAAAGUCAUCUCUGGCCAGCAAAUAGACAACCAAACCGCACACGAGAGUGCUGUUUCGUCAGCGGAAACCGCUGGUCCGGCUUCGGAACAGCCAUCAUUGCUAGAGCAAUCAACCAAGCGGGAGGAGAAACCUGAGGAAAAACCAUCGGCAAUUGUUGAAUCUGCUUCAGUUGUAAAUAGAGCCGAUAAUCUCGACAAGCAAAAUGAUGAGGACAUGCUCAUACGCUUCGAAGAAGAACCGCCACAAUCCCUAGUGGAUGUUGAAGUGGCAAAAACUGAAAACACAAUGGAAAAUCAACCAAAUAUCAAUGUAUUAACUGAAGAGGAUCUUUUAAUAGCGAUGAGAGAAGAAUUUGCGAAAGCUGCUUUGGAAAAUGAGGAAAAUGAAUCAUCUGUUAUUGGUGGCGGGAAUCCAAACGAACAGACGGUGAUAGUCAUUACCGAAACUUCUUCCGCUGAAGGCUUCACCGAUGAUAAAAACUAUUUAGUGCAAAACACCGACCAGGUGAUGGGCGUGGAACCCAGUGAACCACCGGCGGCCCCUAGCUGUCAAACGGAAACCAAAACCAUUGUCAACGAAUCGGAGGACGGAUCCGUCCGCACCACUGUGAUCACCCGAACCACCACCGUCAACGCCACUUCGGACCAACUCCCGGAGGAUCUCCAGAGGCAACUGUUUGAACAAGUGCAGGCUGCGGCGGCCGCUGCCGGUGGGACCGAUGUAAGCAAUACGGUUGUAACGACAAUAACGACCAGCAGUACCGGCGGCGAUGACGACGCGGAGUCCGAUUCGCCCAGCAACAACACAACGACAACUACAACUACGACGACGAAAACGGUCACGAUGACCUCGACGGAUGGGGAUUUUCCCGAGGACGAACUGCUGCAGAAGAUUACCGCCACAACGCAGCUGCUGCAGCAAUCGGCCGGCGGCGUACCGGCGGUGACAGUGAUCCGAGAGAUGCCGACCGUAACCGUGACGGAAGUGGUCGACGGGAAGCACAACGCGAAACCGUCCAUCAACGCGAUCGUUGAUGAGUUCAUGAACGAGGAACGAAAGAAUUAAGCUUUUUGUGCUUUUCUCGGGCAAACACAAAAACGUACACAUGUUUAGGCGCUAGCGCAUCGCUGUUUAGAGUUCACAGAUAACGGAAAACACUCAUCGUUGUUCUAUUUUAUGUGGCCAAAAAUUUAAAUCGAGAACACAUUUUAGGAUUUUCGCUUGUAGACGUACGAACACAAGAAACUUUGUUUUAACUUCUCGCAUAAGUUAUUCUGCUAAAGUUUCCUGGACUUUUAUGGUAUUUAUUGUGCUUUUAAAGUUGCUUUCUAUCGUAGUCGGCAAGUUGGAAAACUGGGUAAGAAGGUGAAUCUUUUAUAAUACUACACUCAUUUCAAUGCCUGAUUUGUUUGCUGUCUGAAUUACAUCUUUUAUUAACGUAUUACUGUCUGUGUGUGAGAGUACAAUUCAGCUCGUUUGGAACUUUUGCUGCUGCAAGUGGCAAGGGUUGUAAAAUAAUCGGAAUACAAUGAGAGAAAAAGAAGAUUAUUUAUUUUUGCUAACAUUUUUUAAAUGUUGUCUUAUAAAAUGAAAAAAAGUACUACAGAAGAUGAUUCAGAUAAUUAUUUAUUGAUGAAUAUGACAAAACAAAUUGAAUUACCCAUUUUACCUGAAUUUUUGAUUCGUUCAAAAAGUCUCUAUGGUGAAGAUGAUUACUCAGUAGAAUGGAAUACUAACCGGGAGGAUGUCUAGAUGCUAAUACAUAGGAAGAAGCAACUUCAUAUUCACCUAGUACGAGAUAUGAAAUCUAAAAAAAAUCUGCAAGUGUUAAUAACAAUGAAAUUAAAGUAUAUUUAAGAAUCAAUAUAUCAAAUCAACGCAUUGUGAGCAGAAUAGUUUGUAUUGAAAUUGAACUAAUAGACCCACACGUAGUUUUGAGCAUUUUCUCAUUUUUGAUCAACUAAAAAACCAGUUUUUUUGGGAACAUAAGAACGUAGAUGUCACUACUAUAAAAACAGUAUUUUAAGAAGUGUUUUCUCAUUCGUUUUUUUAUAUCAUACUUCUUAUGGUAGCCUGACACACACACAUACUAUUUAUUCAUAUACCUCUUGCGGUAGCUCCUAAGAAUAAACUUCAUAUAUUUUUUUUCGUUUUGUAAUAUUUCGCGUUUAACAAUCGAUAGUGAUAUACUGUCGGUCUUUUAAGUUUUAGUUUGAAUACAUUCACACGCCCACACCCGUCCUAUCGAAGCAGGAAAGCUGAAAUCAGUUGAAAAACGUUUGAUCUGUAUCUAAUUUGUUUCUAUCAUCGUGGGGUAAACCUCCGCUACGAAACACAGACAAACCAAUAAAAUAUAUAUCCAAUGUCCUUGUUCGAAGUGUAAUGAAAAGCUAUAUACAUUAAAUGUGCAACGUAGUGAUGAAGCUGAAAAUACUACGGCGAACACAAAACCACGAAUGGAAGGUUUAUUUACAGAUAUACAAAAUUAUGAAGAGAGGAGCAACCACAAAUUGACCUAUACUAAGGCGUGAUGAGUACCGGAAACAUUAAUAAUGGCGUAAAGCUAGCGAAGCAUUGCUUACAAUACGAACUUUUUAGUUCCAAUCAUUCGAACGCUGAAAAAUAGUAAUAUAUUUCAUUAUACAUAGAGCUACUACUAGUACUGUGAAGCAUAUUUAAAGAGAAUCCAUUGGAGGUUCGAGACAGAAAUAAAUUUAAUCCUGCUGAA